AUGGGGCCUCUUACAAAUAUCUACGUCUGUGCUUGUGUUUUUACAUUCAUGCUAUGGAAUAAUAUCCAGCCAACUGUGGAGAAUGAAUUUAUUGCAAAUUAUUCAAGCAGUUUGCUAACUAAUGUUCCAAAAAACAUUCCAGUCCAUACUCAUGUAUUAGAUUUAUCACAUAAUAGGAUCUCUGGACUUAGUAUCUCAGAAUUUAUUUCUCUUUCUGACCUUCAAGUGUUAAAUCUUUCUCAUAAUCUAAUUCCGGAGCUUGACUUCAGUGUCUUCAUUUUUAAUCAAGAUUUAGAAUACUUAGAUUUAUCUCAUAAUAACAUUUUGAAAGUUUACUGUCAAACUCUUGCAUAUCUUAGACAUUUAGAUCUUUCUUUCAAUAAAUUUACUGCCCUGCCCAUCUGCCAGGAAUUCGGGAACAUGUUUCGUUUGGAGUACCUAGGAUUAAGUGCCACGAUGAUACGAAGGUCAGACUUCAGGCAUAUCAUACAUUUGCCUCUGCACACUGUCUUCCUAACCUUAGAAGACUUUUCUUUGUAUGAACCUCAGAGUCUGACAGCCUUGAAUACAAGGAGCCUCCAUAUUGUUUUUGCAGCAAACCAAAACUUCAGUUUUUCCCUCUUGUAUGAUGGAAUGAGCACUUCAGAAAUCUUAAAAAUAGUUAACUUAAGAUAUACGUUGAGCAACAAAGAUUUCCCCUCUCCUUCCUUAACGCUUCUGAAGAAAAUCAGGACAACAGCUCUGAUGCUUGAAACUGUGGACUUACAAUGGGCUAUCAUUUUGGAAAUUUUCCUGUUUAUUUGGUAUUCACCUGUGGAACAUUUGACUGUGAGAAAUUUGACUUUUUGGGGACCACUGGGGGAGCUGACUGAAUAUGAAUUUCUACCCUUAUUAAGCUCUAUGGAACAAUUAAUAUCUUUGGGUGGCUCCAUGAAAACACUAACUUUGGAGCAUGUUCGUAAUAAAUUGUUUUAUUUCAACCAGGAGAUUCUAUACAGACAGUUUUCAGAGAUGAAUAUUGCCAGUUUGACAAUAUAUGAUGCAUAUAUGCCACACAUGCUUUGCCCCAACAGAACAAGCUCAUUUCAGUAUUUAAAUUUCUCUCACAAUGCCCUGACGGAUGAAUUGUUCCAGAAUUGUGGGACGCUGACAGAUCUGAAAUCACUUAUUUUGGAGAGGAAUAAAUUUGAGAGCCUUUCCAAGGUAAGC